CCUUUGCGUACAAAGGUCGCAUCGAAGCAAACAUUUGGAAGUUUCGUAGUUCGUUGUUGCGAAGUGUUAGUUAAGUGAUGUGAUUCUUGCUUGGAUUAAUUGGAGGUGAACAGAUCUCAUGAUGGAACGGCUGUCAAAGUAUCUCAUAAUUAUUACUUCACUUAUGACAAUAAAGCUCACUAUAACAGAGAGCAAGAACAACACUAAAUCUAAAAUAGAUAGACGCUUUUACCAGAUGCCCGUUUUCAUCAACGUUUGUGAUAUCGUUGACAGAAGAUCUAAAGUGCACUGCUAUUGUGACAGUAACAAACCUAAAUUAGCAACUCGCGCUGACUGUUGGAUAUUUAGUGGGGAGCUUCCUGAAGACGAUCCAAUUUGGCCAAGUUUUACAUCACAAUCUGAACUAGAGGAACUCAUAUUUAAUGUCCGCACCGAUGACGCAUUAACGUUUAUACCAGCCAAAGCAAUAGUUAGACUUGACAAGCUGAAAUACAUACUAAUACAAUUCGGGACCAUCAAAAGAAUACCGCCUUAUGCCUUUACAAAUUCUUCAACUGUCCGACAGAUUGUACUUAAAUCAAAUAAAAUAUCAGUACUGGAGAAACAUUCAUUCUCCCAACUCAUGAUGCUUUCGAAUCUAAGCUUAGAUGACAAUCAAAUAACCGAACUUAGAAGAGAUGUAUUCUUUAACCUUCCAAACUUACAUAUACUACAUUUAUCAAAUAACAACUUGAGCCUAUUACAUGAAGGAUGCUUCAAACACCUAAACAAUUUAAUCGAGUUGAAACUGGAUUCAAAUUACAUAUCGGUUGUUACAAAAGAGAUGCUCGAAGGUCUCGAGAACCUUUCAAGAUUAAAUUUGAGAAGCAAUAAGUUAACAAUGAUCGGUAACUUGGCUUUCAGCGAAUUGUGGGGAUUAAAAGAAUUGAUGUUAGACAAUAAUGCAAUUGAGUAUAUAUCAGAGAGGGCGUUCGGUGGCUUGUUGCAAUUAAGGAAGUUAACGCUAUCCGGAAAUAAAUUGACUUCGUUUUACGAGAAUAUACUUGAAGAUAUCAGAAGCCUGUCUAUAUUGGAUUUAAGGGAUAAUCUAUUGACGACGAUUUCGUAUGAAACCAUUCGCCCUGUUGUUGAAAAUGACAAAUCGCUCUCAGCUGUGGUUUAUUUGGAUGGUAAUCCUUUCACGUGCAACUGUCGACUAUCCUGGAUCUACGCUCUUCGAAAUGAAACCAAGGAUAAUAAUCUGCGGCAUGCACUCGAUAAAAUAACGUGUAUCGACGAUGUUGUAAUUGAAAAUACUGCAAAAAUACAAACUAAAGAAGAUAUAGAUAGCGCUAAUGUCUUAGCUGAUGAUAGUUAUGAUUACUACGAUAAAAAUGAAGAAGAUAAUGCUGAAAGAGAAAAAAUAAAAUUCGAUAAAUCAAUAAAGCUAGUUGAUUUACCAGUUGAAAAACUUCCUUGUCCCAAAGAUAUACUUCAAUCUAUAGAAGAAUCUUAUGGGCACCCAAUCCAAAAUGAGAUACGACUAAAAGCAUUUUCAAAUAAUGCGCGGAAUUUGCCGAGUAUUCUACUAAUUUUAAUAUUAGUAAUUUUUGUAUAAAUUGUUCAAAAUUGUGAAUCAAAAAUAUUUGUGAUAUUAGAUGUUAAAUAUUUGGAUAUAUAAACAAUAUGGAAAUUGUAAAAAGUUUUUAAGGCCUAUUAAUAAGUUUGGCUUAGCCUUCAUGGAACAACGUUAUAUCUUGAUAAUUUGUAAAAGUAUGGAGGAAUAGUUACGUAGCAAUUAAGACAUUACGUUUUUUCGUAGUUUACUAUAUAAAUUCAGAUAGUAUUUACUUAUAUUAUUUAAAUAUUAAACACCUGUACAUAUUACUAUAUAUUAUGAGUGUAAAAUAAACAUUAACAAUUUGUUAAAAACCUUCCGGAAAAAGCGAAGGUAAAAAUUAAAAUGAAUAAUAAUAUAAGUAACGAAAAGUAAAUUUAAGCUUUUUAAGUAAUUGAAACAGAGAUAAUAACGCCCGACGAUCCUCCGUUUUCGUUGAGGUUAUUGUUUAAGUAAACAAAAGGAGUACAGCAUGGCAUUUUCUUCAGAGAUGUUGGCAAGCAAUUUUAUAGAACAAGUUUAUCAAGCACAAUAUAAACUCGGCCAGUAGUUGAAUAAUAAAUGAAUUGUACAAACUUUUGUCGCGAUCCCUUGUUAAGUGAAAAUGUUGCUAAUAUUUUAAAUAGCAGCUUAAAUAGCGGAAACCUUCAAACACUCUUUAAUUAUGAGCAUGCAUUUAAAUAAGUUUGGUUCAGGCCUGUAUCAGGUAUUUAUAAUAAUUUUAAUAUAACACAUAAGCUCUAAAUCUGACCUAUCUAAUUUUAUUAAUAUUGUGACAUGUUCAACAGUGAGGGUCAAACAGUAACUUUAGACAUAGUCAUGUGUCGUGUUAUUUUUUACCAGUGGGAGGCUCCUUUGCACAGGAAGCGGCCUGAUUAUAGUUGCAACAACGGCGCCUAUUUCUGCCGUGAAGCAGUAAUGUGUAGACAUUCUAAAGGGCGCCGUAGCUAGUGAAAUUACUGGGCAAAUGAGUCUUAACAUCUUAUGUCUCUCAAUUUUUGAGUUUUUCAAGAAUCUUGAGCAUUGUAAUGGGUAGGGCGUAUCAAUUACCACCAGCUAAACGUCCUGCUCGUUUCAUCCCUUAUUUUCACAAAAAACAAAUAUUAACAACAAAUAACUCUUACGGGUGUAAAUGUCAAGUUGUAAAUAUAGAUGUUGCUUUCUCGUGUUUGUUUAAGUUUUGAGGUAAUAAAGUUGUAAAUAACAUAAUGUAGUUUCAUCUAAGUAUCAAACAAAAGAAAACUUGUUAGAGAUUUCAGUUUAUCAUUAUUAAUACAUAAUAUAUAGCUGUUUGGUCUUGUUUUAAUAAAUAUUUCUACAAUAAAA